AUGAAGGCCUCACACGGUCCAAGGCUGACCUUAACACGGGCGCUGGAUAAGGAGGUUUACCAGGUCGUGCAGAAAUUGGUAGAUGAGCAGGCGCGAUACGAGACUGGCGGGAAGAAACUCUCAGCAUCGGCGGUCUAUGACAGUAUCAAGCGAUCGAAUUCAAGCCUGAAGCGCAGAAGUAAAAAGCCGCUUGAGGAUUCCAUCGAUCGAGUUCUUCUGGUAAUCAGGCAGCAACAAGACGACAGCGACUCUUUGGAUGGGGAGUUUGACGGGAUAGAGGAAUCCCAGCCACCCUUGAAGGAACACAAUAUCAUGAAUAGGAGCAUCACUCGAAUGUGGGCUAAGCCGGCACCUGGGAGCAUGACGCCAGCCAGAGAUGAAACCUCUCCACCGAAUGGAACUCUUAUCCCGAGCUUUCCAAUCCAGACCAUAUCAGCCGAAAUCGAGUCUCCGGUCAAGGCAGACAGACAAGCAGAUGGAGAGCCUAGUAAAAAACGAAAGAAGCCUGACACAAAGAAGGAAGUUGACCGGUCCCCGCCAACUGAUGUCUCGUUGGAAAACCUGGGUGGGGUGGAACAUGUCAUCAAGGAACUGAAGGACUUGGUUGGUAUUCCUAUGUUGUUCGCCGAGGGCUACAUAAAGACAGGAAUUCAACCGACGAGAGGUGUGCUGCUGCAUGGGCCACCUGGUUGCGGUAAGACGAUGAUUGCCAAUGCCUUUGCGGCGGAAAUAGAAGUGUCGUUUAUACCAAUCUCGGCACCUUCUCUGGUGGCAGGAAUGUCUGGAGAAUCAGAAAAGAAGAUUAGAGAUCUUUUCGAUGAGGCGAAACGAAUGGCACCAUGCCUCGUCUUUAUAGACGAAAUCGAUGUUAUUAUGGGAAAGCGAGAAAGUGCACAGAGGGAGAUGGAGAAACGAAUAGUGGCACAAAUGCUCACAUGCAUGGAUGACAUGGCGCUGGAAAAGACUGGUGGAAAGCCUGUAAUCAUCCUGGCAGCUACGAACCGUCCUGAUAGCCUCGAUCCUGCUCUUCGAAGAGCUGGAAGAUUCAACAAAGAAAUCAACCUAGGCGUCCCGAAUGAGGAAGCUAGAGAGAAGAUUUUGAGGGCAUUGACGAAGAAACUUACUGUGUCUGAUGGUGUCGACCACAGCCAGCUCGCUAAGCUUACUCCUGGAUUUGUGGGAGCUGACCUCAACGAUGUUGUCUCGGUAGCCGGAACAGAAGCCAUGAAGCGUAUGAAUGCUGUCCUAACAGAACGGAGCGUCACAGCUAUGGACAUCGAUACAAUAUCCCCAGCUUCAGACAUCCCAUCUUCACUGGUAGAACUUCGUGCUCUGGUAGCGGCAUCCAAAGCUGGGAAACUAUUACCCGAUGGUGAUUUCUCAAUCACUUACGAAGAUUUCCUUACCGCGAUCACCAAAGUCCAACCUUCGGCUAAACGAGAAGGCUUCGCAACCAUUCCCGAUACGACUUGGGCGCACGUUGGUGCUCUGCACGAAGUCCGCGAACAGCUCGAAAUGACAAUCGUGGACCCCAUCCAAAACCCUGAAAGAUUCGCCCGUGUCGGUAUCACAAUGCCCGCCGGCGUUCUCCUGUGGGGGCCCCCUGGGUGCGGAAAGACUCUUCUUGCCAAAGCCGUCGCCAAUGAAUCCAAAGCCAACUUCAUUUCCAUCAAAGGACCCGAACUGCUCAACAAAUACGUCGGAGAAUCCGAACGAGCUGUUCGCCAAGUCUUCGAACGUGCUCGAUCUUCAGUGCCAUGCAUUCUGUUUUUCGAUGAAUUGGAUGCCUUAGUGCCGAAGAGAGAGGAUUCCUUGUCCGAGGCUAGUAGUAAAGUCGUCAAUACUCUUCUUACGGAGCUGGACGGGUUGGGAAGCAGAACAGGUAUCUACGUGAUCGCUGCGACGAACAGACCGGAUAUGAUCGACCCCGCCAUGCUGCGGCCCGGCCGUCUAGGUCUCUCUGUCUUCAUCGACCUUCCCACGAAGGAAGAUCGCGUCGAAAUUCUUAAAGCUCUCUACGUCAAAGCUCUUGCCGAUUCCACUGUGGAAGAAGUAGACGCUUUAAAGGAAGUGGCCGAGGAUGACAGAUGCACGAAUUACAGCGGCGCCGACCUGUGGAAUCUGCAACAAGCAGCUGGCCAUGCUGCAAUUCGGAGAGAGAAGCAUGCAGGCGUUGUGACGGAGAAUUUGAGGAUUGCGAGGGAGGAUUGGGAGGUUGCGCUGGGGAAGGUAAAACCUAGUGUUAAGGAUGCGGCGAAGUAUCGGAGGCUGAAGGAGAGGGGGAUGCAGGGUUGA